CGUUUUACAAAAUCAAAAGCCAACCAGUUUUUUCAUUGAAGUGAGUUUGCGAAGGCUAGGGAACCAAAAAUGCGUGAAAUUGUACAUCUUCAAGCCGGCCAAUGUGGCAACCAAAUUGGCGCAAAGUUCUGGGAGGUUAUCUCGGACGAGCACGGCAUCGAUCCAACAGGAACCUACCAUGGAGAUUCCGACCUCCAGUUGGAAAGAAUCAAUGUUUACUACAACGAAGCUACAGGUGGGAAAUAUGUGCCCAGAGCGGUUCUUGUCGAUUUGGAGCCCGGUACUAUGGAUUCAGUCCGUUCAGGUCCAUUUGGACAGAUUUUCCGACCCGACAAUUUUGUUUUUGGUCAAAGCGGAGCUGGAAACAACUGGGCUAAAGGACACUACACCGAAGGAGCUGAGUUGGUAGACUCCGUACUUGAUGUUGUUCGUAAGGAAGCCGAGAGCUGUGACUGCCUUCAAGGCUUUCAGCUCACGCAUUCCUUAGGCGGCGGUACUGGCUCAGGAAUGGGAACCCUUCUUAUUUCGAAGAUCAGAGAAGAAUAUCCUGACAGAAUCAUGAACACCUUCAGCGUCGUACCGUCACCAAAAGUUUCAGACACCGUUGUGGAGCCUUACAACGCCACUCUGUCCGUACAUCAGUUGGUUGAGAACACAGAUGAAACGUACUGUAUCGACAAUGAAGCCCUGUACGAUAUCUGCUUCCGAACUCUGAAGCUCACCACACCAACUUACGGAGAUUUGAACCAUCUUGUGUCAGCUACAAUGAGUGGCGUUACAACUUGCUUGCGAUUUCCUGGCCAGCUGAAUGCUGAUCUCAGGAAACUGGCAGUGAACAUGGUUCCUUUCCCGCGUCUUCACUUCUUCAUGCCUGGAUUUGCUCCCCUCACAAGCAGAGGAUCCCAGCAGUACCGUGCACUCACUGUACCUGAGCUUACUCAGCAGAUGUUUGAUGCUAAAAACAUGAUGGCUGCCUGUGAUCCAAGGCAUGGACGUUAUUUGACGGUUGCAGCCAUGUUCCGUGGCCGUAUGUCCAUGAAGGAAGUUGAUGAACAGAUGUUGAACGUGCAGAACAAGAACAGCUCCUACUUUGUGGAGUGGAUCCCUAACAAUGUCAAAACAGCCGUUUGCGACAUUCCUCCUCGCGGUCUGAAAAUGUCUGCCACCUUUGUCGGUAACAGUACAGCUAUUCAGGAAUUAUUCAAACGUAUUAGUGAGCAGUUUACCGCUAUGUUCAGGCGCAAAGCCUUCUUGCAUUGGUACACUGGAGAGGGUAUGGAUGAGAUGGAAUUCACUGAGGCUGAAUCCAACAUGAAUGAUCUUGUAUCCGAGUACCAGCAAUACCAGGAUGCCACAGCAGAAGAGGAAGGGGAGUUUGAUGAGGAAGAAGAAGAAGGAGAGGCGGCAUAAGGCAGAUUUGUUGAGACCGUUUUACAUUGUAAGGAUAUUAAAAGGCUGUUAUUAAAGGUUGAUUUUUUCAGAAAUUA